GACUCUGGACUUACCUUCAAAAUGGCUGAUUUUCUCAAUGGCACCCUGAUCACCUCGGAAGAUCCUGUCCGCCUUCCACUCAUCGGCAGUCCAUGGCCCUCGCUCACCAUCGUUUCGAUCUAUCUGCUGUUCGUCUUGAAGGUGGGCCGGAAGUUCAUGGAGAACCGAAAGCCCUACGACCUCCGUGGCGUCAUCAGGGCAUACAACAUCAUGCAGAUCGUCUACAACAGCGUUGUUCUGAUAUGCGGUCUUCACUUCUUGUUCGUGCUGAAGGCGUACGACCUGCGAUGCAUCACCAGACUGCCGCUGGACCACGAGUUUAAGAGCAGGGAAAGAGUGCUCACCUACGCGUACUUCUUCAACAAGUUCAUGGACCUAAUGGAGACGGUGUUCUUUGUGCUGCGUAAGAAGGAUCGCCAGAUAUCCUUCCUGCACGUCUUCCACCACCUGGUCAUGUCCUUCGGCGGUUACAUGCACAUCACCUACAGCGGCUAUGGCGGCAUCCUCUUUCCAUCGUGCCUGCUCAACGUGGCGGUCCACGUGAUCAUGUACUCCUACUACUACCUGUCCUCCGUCCGCAAGGAUGUGCAGACGAGUCGCUGGAAGAAGUACAUCACCAUCGUCCAGCUGGUGCAGUUCGUCCUGGUGCUGGCGAACUUCAGCUACACCCUGAUGCAGCCCAACUGCAAUGCCUCGCGACCUGUGCUAUAUUUUGGCAUACUCAUAUCCACGACCUUCAUCCUGAUGUUUGCCAACUUCUACGUUCACAACUACAUAUUGACCGGCAAACAAAAGCCCGCGUUAAAAUCCGAAUGAAGGCGAAAAUCCUUCGAAUGUGAGUGUGUGUUUUGUGAUACCGAAAAACUAAUAAA